UAAAACUCACCCUAUACGGUAACGUUUUCCAACCGCGGCGUGUGUCUGUAUCGUUAUUAAAUGUGCAUGAUUGUCGUCCAUAUUGAAUUUAAUCCUUUAAUCCGUUCUUUGUUGUUCUGUCGUCUCGUGAUAGAGAAGCAGCUGACCGUUAGAAGAAGAAAAGAUGACCGUAGACGUACGUUCAAAGAUGGAAGGUCAUCCGGUGAUGAGAAUAAAGUGCUGCUUUCAUCAUGUGGUGAUGGCCGGGGGUAAAAUGGUGCCUGAUCAUGAGCGACAGAAGGUCAUCAUGUGCCGAAAUCUGUCUAAAUAUGCACUCAUCUUCCUCUUCUUAGCUCUGUCUGGCCUCAUCUUUCUCCUACGCAACAUCCAGUCUGUGGAGAACUGGAACUGCCACACAAUUUCUGCACUGUAUCAGCUCCAGAGCAGAAUCCAAUCAUCUGUCAUCCCAGUGGGACUCCCGACUUACUAUCACAACCGUACUUUCUGUUCCCAUUUGGGUCAGAAACCUUCCCCUGAAGAUGAACUGGAAGAGCGCUACCUGUUGGACUCCAUCGCCUGGCCCGAGCCUACACUCCAGUCGACAUCAGUGUCUAUGCGUCAGAGCAGUGACCCCGUACACAGCCUGUUUGCAAUCCUUCCCUCUAAAGGAAGAAGGGAGUGGCAUGUGGGCGACCAGUUAGAGGUUCUGGUCCAAAUGCACGACUUCCAGGGUCGUCCCAAACGCUAUGGUGGGGAUUUCCUUUUGGCAAGACUGCAUUCUCCAGAUCGUGGUGCUGGUGUAGCAGGUACAGUACAGGACCACAAGAAUGGAUUUUACUCUGCUCUGUUUCCGCUCCUGUGGACGGGGUCAGCGCAGGUUGAGAUCACGUUAGUGCACUCAAGCGAGGCAGUGGCAGUGCUGCGACGACUGAGGGAGGAGAGGCCCGAUCGGGUGUUUUUUAAAAGCCUUUUCCGGCUCGGAUUCCUGUCUGAAACUACUGUGUGUAAUAUGUGCCUGCCUCCUGAUCAGCAGCCUCUGUGCAACUACACAGACCUUUACACGGGUGAGCCCUGGUACUGUUACAAGCCCAAGAUGCUCAGCUGUGAAACCAGAAUCAACCACGCCAAGGGGGGCUACCUGAAACACCUCCUCACCAAUAAAGAAGCACUGCUCUUCCAGAGUGGUGUAAACAUCAAAGUUCACAUCCAUGCGUCAGGGCCGGACAGAAUCAAUGUGCUGCCUCCCACUAAAGAUAAAACAGAGGUUGACGGUGGCACGAUAAAACCAGAAUCUUUUAAGAUAGAAGCCUCUGGAUAUUACUACAGGGACUCGUGGAGGCCGUUGGACGGUGUUAAAAUGCGCCAGUUCAACGAGUCGUCUGCCGUCACUCAGUGUUUGAGGAACAAGGUGAUCUACAUGUACGGAGACUCUACUGUCCGGCAGUGGUUUGAGUACCUCAUUACUUUUGUACCAGAACUGAAAGAGUUCAACCUGCACAGUCCAAAAAAUGUCGGGCCUUUCAUGGCAGUGGACAGCACCCAUAAUAUUCUGGUGAAGUACCGCUGCCACGGUCCUCCCAUCCGCUUCACCACAGUCACGUCCAGUGAGUUGCGGUACAUUUCCAAUGAGCUAGACGGCCUCGCUGGGGGCCCCAACACGGUGGUGGUCCUCAGCAUCUGGGCCCACUUCAGCACCUUUCCUGUGGAGGUGUAUAUACGACGGCUUCGACACAUUCGCCGGGCUGUGCUGCGACUUUUGGACCGAGCUCCGGGGACACUGGUCGUGCUUCGCUCAGCCAACCUCCAAGCCCUGGACCAGGAGGUGAGUCUGUACAACAGUGACUGGUACUCGCUGCAGCUGGACGCUGUGCUCAGAGCCAUGUUUAAGGGACUCAAUGUUCUGCUGGUGGACGCAUGGCAGAUGACUGUAGCCCACCACCUUCCUCACGCGCUGCACCCACCUCCAAUCAUCGUCAAGAACAUGAUAAACAUGCUUUUAUCUUACGUUUGCCCUGAAAAGAAGAAGACUCAGCAUACAUAGAAAAAUCCUGAUCGUGGAGCAGUUUACAUAUGAAUCCAUUUGUAGUAAUGUGAAACUUUUUAUGCCUCUGCGCUGGUAAUACCUAGAUCCCAAGGCGUUAUGUCAUCUGAUUCUCGUGAACGUGAUAUCUCAGGAACAGUUUGAUGGAAUUCCUUCAGAUUUGGCACAAACGUUCACUUGGACCUGAGGAUGAAGUGUUUACAGAGUUUGGUGGUCAGUGAUCAAGGUCACUGUUUUUUGACAUAACUUGAAGGAUUCAGAUGCUAAUGAUGACAAAGCGUUUCAUAAAUGUGCAAUAGAAUGAGAGGAGAGUGUAAUGAUAUGUUAUCUCCAGAGUUUUAAGGCCAUUAUUGUACAGUCUGUGAGAGCAGAUCAUCAUGUUUCUCACUGGAAUCAUACACAUCAGUGAAAUGAGAAUUUACAUUUCACCAUAAAAUACACAUAUUACCUUCAGUUACUGUCUUUACUACAUGUAUGAGCCUGGAGGUAAACAACCAUGAGAUGAUAAUUCUAGUUGUUCUGCUCCUUAAUGAAAUGAGUCUCCAAAGCUACAUCCCCUUUAGAUACUGUUUUAUUGAAUGAAUUUGCCAAAUUAAUCAUUUUGUGGUUAUCUAUCUGCUGUGUUGCAUUUUGAAUCCCACAAAAGAAAUUUUAUCUUGGAAAUGCCAAAGAAACUGGCAGAGUGAUUAUUACCACUCAUCUGAUUUCGUUGCCAAAGUAUUUUAUCUUUGGUUGUUAUUUAAUCAUUAGUACUUGCAGUUUAUUGAUUUUUGCCAAAGCUAAAAGAGACUUUGUGUGACUUUUUAUCUUGUUUUUCCCAGACUGAAUAUUUAAAAUUUGUUUUUAUAUUUCAAGCCAUUUUACAACAAUGUACCUUUGUAUCUUAUUUGAAUCUGUGUUUUUUAUCUGCUUUGCAAAUGAAAUUACCAUUAAAAAGUUUGAAAAAGCAA